AUGUCUGAGGGCGAAGAAGGACCCGCGUCGGAGCCGCUGGAUCUCGUGCGCUUGUGUUUGAACGAGGAGGUCUAUGUGAAGUUGCGAGGCGACAGGGAGCUUAAGGGCCGCUUACAUGCCUAUGACAGCCACAUGAACUUGGUGUUGAGUGAUGUUGAGGAGACCAUUUACGUUGUAGAUGACGAGGAAAACGACGAGGGCGAUGAGAAGAUCAGGGUUGAGGACGACCAGGAGAUCAAGUCCGUUACGAAGAAGUCGGAGAUGCUCUUCGUUCGAGGCGAUAGUGUUGUUCUCGUUUCGCCCAUCGAGAAAUCUUGA